UUUUCAGAAGAAGAUAGCAAGGAUAACGAUGCUGAAAAAUUUCCUUAAGCCUCGCUUCCAGCCUGUCCUUUCAAGACGAUUUGAACCCCAUUUGUUGAACCGACCAACGGUCUCAUGCAGUCUCAAGCCAAAAAAGAGUCUUAACAUCCUUUUCUUCGCAAACAAGCACAACAGCCUCAGCCAAAGGAUGGCUCUAGAAUUGAGAAAGAGACAACAUAACAUCACUGUGCACGAGAUCAACGAGCCUGUAGAGAUGACAAAGUUGGCUUUUGAUGCCCAACCCGAUCUCAUUCUUUGUCCAUUUCUUACCAAACGAAUUCCAGAAGAAGUGUUUUCUAAUCCCAACAUCCCUUGCUGGAUUGUUCAUCCUGGAAUCGAGGGCGACCGUGGCAUGAGUUCCAUUGACUGGGCCUUGUAUGACAGGGAGGAGGAAUGGGGAGUGAGCGUCCUUCAAGCGGCCUCGGAGAUGGACGCAGGCGAUAUUUGGAGCACCAAAACCUUUCCUGUUAGGCGCCCCGAAGUCAACACACUUACCAAGUCGAGCAUGUAUGUGAAUGAGGUUACACAAACAGCCGUGAAAGCUGUUCUGGAGGCCAUAGAUAAUCUCCUGGUUGGAAAAGCACCCAGACCUCUUAACUACAGCAAUCCACAAGUGAGGGGAAUCUGCCGCCCUAACAUGACCAAGGCUGACCGAACUGUGAACUGGGAAUUGCCAGCUGACGAGAUAGCCUGUCAGAUUCGUAUGUCUGAUUCAGCACCAGGAGCCGUCGGUCGCUUUAGAACAAAAGAAGCAGAUAGCGAUUGGGACUGGACGAAGGAUUUUCGCCUCUUUGGAGCACGUCUGGAGAAAGGAAGACUUAGAUUCCUGCCGGGAAAACCUGGUGAAAUACUGGGCCAAAGCCAUGGAUCUGUUCUGGUCAAGUGCGGCAGGGGAGCUCUAUGGGUUUCACACCUGAAGAAGAGCAAGCUCAAACUUCCUGCUAUGAUGUGGUUAAAAUCUCAAGCACCAACCGUGGUAGACCCCUCUCUAUCUAUUCUGUACGGCUCCUAUCCUUACACAGCUCAGGACAUCUGGACGAGUAUGACAUCUGACGGCGUCUGCUUUGUACACUUCGAGUUUUACAACGGAGCUAUGAGCACUAGCCAAUGUCAGCGUCUUGUUUCCGUUUUGCGGGCGGUUGAAAAUAAUGAUUUUUGCAAGGUAAUGGUUCUGAUGGGUGGCCGAGAUGUGUUCAGCAAUGGUAUCCACCUUAAUGUUAUCGAAGCAGCAGAUGACCCAGUACAGGAAUCAUGGAGGAACAUCAAUGCUAUUAACGAUGUCGUGCGUUGUAUCUUCUCCAGCAGAAAGAUCACGAUCUCAGCAUUACGUGGCAACGCUGGAGCCGGUGGGGCCAUGUUGGCUUUGGCUAGCGACUUCGCCUUUGCACGUGAUGGGGUGGUGCUGAAUCCUCACUAUAAGCUAAUGAAACUUUAUGGUUCAGAAUAUCACACAUACUUUCUGCCAAAGCGUGUGGGCCAAGAAAAGGCGGAUGAGUUGUUGUCCAGUGCCAAACCCAUCCUAGCCUCUGAUGCCGCUGAAAUUGGUUUUCUGGACGGAAGUGUUGGAGACGGUGUGGAGGAGUUUGAAAGCUGGAUUAAGGAGCAAGCAUCGUGCCUUGCCCGCACCCCUUUGCAGUCGUACAUUGUCCGAGAAAAGAACAAAAAGGCACAGCACCAAGUCACGGAGAACAUCGAAGAAUGUCGCUCAAAUGAGCUCUCAAUCAUGGCGAGAAACUUUCAAGAUCCCGAGUAUCAUCAAGCCAGAAAAAACUUUGUUUAUCACUAACAUUCUUGGGGUACGGACAAUUUACGCGAACUUUGACUUAGAUAAAGCUUUCUUUUACCUACACAUGGGGUCGGCUGUCGCAUUUCCAUUUGUAACGAGAGCCCAAGAGAUGCUUUGUGAUAUCGAUCUUAACUUUUCACAUAGUUUUUAU